AUGCGAACCGAACUCCGAUCAACGGUGGACAGGCUGGACCGCCCCAGUGCCUACUACCACAGCCGCAACAACAAGAGGAGACGGACGGACAACGGCCGUGACGGGAGAGAUGGCAAGGACGGCGACACUGAGAUGGCCAAUGCCCAGCCAGAAGAGCCGCCCGAGGACCCCCUGAGGAACGCCACCACCCUCUACGUCGGCAACCUGUCCUUCUACACGACCGAAGAGCAGGUCUACGAGCUCUUCUCCAAGUGCGGCGAGAUCAAGCGGCUGGUGAUGGGCCUGGACAGGUUCCAGAAGACGCCCUGCGGCUUCUGCUUCGUCGAGUACUACACGCACCAGGACGCGCUCGACUGCAUGAAGUACAUCGGCGGCACCAAGCUCGACGAGCGCGUCAUCCGCACCGACCUGGACCCGGGCUUCGAGGAGGGCCGCCAGUACGGCCGCGGCAAGUCCGGCGGCCAGGUGCGCGACGAGUACCGCGACGACUUCGACGAGGGCCGCGGCGGCCUCGGCAGGGCCAUCCAGCACGAGCGCAUGCGCGACAACGAGCGGAAUCGCGAGAAGGAACGCAACUACGAUGAUGACUAUGGUCGCCUCAGAUAG